AUGUUCAACAAAACUGCCGUGUCUGAUUUUCUGCUCCUGGAAUUCUCAGAAGUUCGGGAACUGCAGUUGCUACACUUCACUCUAUUUCUCAUGGUGUACUUGGCAACUGUCACAGGGAACCUCCUCAUCAUCUCUUCAGUCACCUUAGACCAUCACCUGCACACCCCCAUGUACUUCUUUCUGAUGAACUUGGCCAUACAAGACCUUGGCCAAGUUUCAGUCAUUGUUCCCAAAUCCAUGAUCAAUUCCCUCCUGAAUAUCAGGCACAUUUCAUAUCCAGGGUGUGUUGCUCAACUCUUCUUUUUUAUGUUCUUUAUAACAUCUGAUUUCUGCAUCCUGACAGUCAUGGCAUAUGACCGGUAUGUGGCCAUUUGCAAUCCAUUACGUUAUGAAAUGUUAAUUAAUUGGCAGGCCUGCAGUGAAAUGCUGGUUGGUGUAUGGAUUGCUAGUUUUCUGUAUGCCACAUUGAACACCAGUGGGACUUUUGCAAUCCAUUUCUGCUCUAACACUGUCAAUCAAUUUUUUUGUGAAGUCCCGCAGCUAAUAAAAUUAGUAUGUUCUGAACUAAAUCUAAUUGUAAUGACUACUAUUGGGAUUGGGGCUGUCCUUGCGCUGGGCUGUUUUGUCUAUAUCCUUGUUACUUACGUGCAGAUUUUCAUCAUGGUGUUGAGAUUGCCUUCUGCAAAGGGGAGGCAGAAGGCUUUCUCCACUUGCAUCCCCCACCUCAUUGUUUGUUCCACAUUUCUAUUUACUGGAUGUGUUGCCUACCUGAAGCCCAUGUCUAACACCCCAUCAUGGCAGGAUUUGUUAUUUACUGUGAUCUAUUCUCUGGUUCCACCUAUGUUGAAUCCAGUGAUUUACAGUAUAAGAAACAAGGAGAUGAAAAAAGCAAUGUCACAGGUUUUAGGGUUUAG